CAUGUUUCACCACACACUUUUGUUGUUGUUGGUUUUGGUGGUAGUGGAAGAUGCUUCCUCUGCACCUACUUUACAAAUAGAGCUCACCCACGCAGAGGACACAGAGGACAGAGAGGACACUGAGACAGCUCAGAACAUCUCCAGGUCAAACUUUGAACACUUGGAGAGACUGAGCAACAGAUCCAGAUAUGUUGCGAGGAGCUGCAGAGAGAUCAGGGACAGAUACAAUGAGCAAGAAGAUGGGUUGUACUACCUGACCACUGCUAAUGGCAUGGUCUAUCAGACUUUCUGUGACAUGACCACUGCGGGAGGCGGCUGGACGCUGGUGGCGAGCGUCCAUGAGAACAGCAUUUAUGGAAAGUGCACAGUGGGAGAUCGCUGGUCGAGCCAGCAGGGCAACAAUGCUGCACGGCCAGAUGGAGACGGGAACUGGUCCAACAGAAACACCUUUGGAGCAGCAGAGAGUGCCACCUCGGAUGAUUAUAAGAAUCCAGGUUACUAUGAUAUAGCAGCAGAAGACAUGUCUGUGUGGCACGUUCCCAACAACUUCCCACUGGAGCACUGGAACCUGGCCGCCAUCCUCCGAUACCACACUGUCAACCGCUUUCUGGGCCUGUAUGGAGGGAACCUCUUUCAGCUCUUCAGGCAAUAUCCAGUGAGGUACAACAUUGGCUCCUGCAGCAACAGAGGGCCAGCUAUUCCCAUCGUGUAUGACCAUGGAGACAGAGAGAGCACCAGGAUGUUAUAUGGACCCAACCCAAGAAGGGAGUUUGAACCAGGUUUCAUCACAUUCAGAGCAAUAAACCAUGAACGUGCAGCCAUGGCUAUCUGCUCCGGGGUCAAGCCGACUGGAUGCAACAGUGAAACUUACUGUGUAGGAGGAGGUGGAUAUUUCCGGGAAGCAGACCCUAAUCAGUGUGGAGACUUUCCAGCAUUUGACUGGGACAGAUUGGGAUAUAGUCAAGGCUGGAGCGCUUCCAAAGAGAUAACUGAAGCUGCUGUUUUACUGUUCUACCGCUGAGAAGACUGUUUUUAAAUGUAGCUUACAGAUUAUGGCAUGUGUGUCUAGUCAACGAUAGCAGUUGUAGCCAAAUAGAUGUUAAGUCCAGGCAGGUUUUUAUUUUUUAUAGCUCCUGAUCACAUCAUGUCACAUAUGUUACAGAGCAUGAGAACUAGGGAUGUCCCCAAAUCUGAAUACGUUAUUUGGGAAAGCACAAAAAAUGUAAUGGAAACAGAUAUGUCUUCUAUCCAAAGUCACAAUUAUUAUUUAAUGUAAUUAAAGCCUAUGCACCAGCCGUUAUGUUUCCUAAAAUGAUGAAAAGAACAGUAUGACAAUGUGGAAAUAUAUUUCAGAAAUGAAUUAUAUGCCAAUAUCAAAUCAAUUUGAUGCUUAAGGCAUACAAUGCAUUGCCAAUGAAUGUUAGUAUAGAAAAUAUAACAUGUGCCUGAUUUAAUGUGAAAUCGGGUAUGAAGCAUGCUCACUUUUGGUCGUCUAUCCGAAUACAGAUACAGAGACAGAUUAUUUUGUUGAUUUAACAGAUAGACACAAAUACAGAUAAUGACAUCUAUACACCUCGACUGUAAACAUGUGUAUUUUAACAAGGGGGUCUAUGAGGAUUGCAGUUUGGAUCGAGGCUUGUGGCCCGUGAUGAACUUUGCUUUCUUUUUGGACGACAGUAGAGAUUUGGGAUGCAGAGGAUUCAACUAAAUCACACUUUAGCUACACAGGCAGUUAGUGGGGAAAAACAAUAAUUGUUAUUUUGUUCAUUUUAUGGGAUAAGUUUGCAAUAAAAAAACAUUUGACAUUUAGUUGUCUUUCAUCUACUCGCCACAAAUUACAUGGAUUUAUUCCAAAAAAGGAGUAUAAAACUUGUGGUAAUGAGUU